AUGGGUUUCAACGCUAUUAACUACGCUGUCUCUGAUAUUACCUCUGGUAUCGGUUCUCUUGCUGGUGCUGCCACCUCUGGUGCUGGAUCUGCUGCAAGCCAUGCUACUUCCGGUGCUGGAUCUGCUGCUAGCCAUGCAAGUUCCGCUGCCCACUUGAGUUCGCUCUCUAGCCAUGCCUCAUCCGUUGCUGCCUCUGCGCUGUCUGGUGCCUCUUCUGCUGCUUCUUCUGCUUCCUCCGUUGCUUCGAACGCAUCUGCUACUGCUUCUGGCUCUCAAUUGUCAUCGAUCCUUUCUAGUGCUUCGAGCGCCGCAUCUUCUGCUGCUGGUUCUGCCUCUUCUGCUGCUUCUUCGGGUACCAAUGCUGCCGUCCCAGGUGCAAUGGAUGGUUCCAACUGGAAGAAGGGUGUUGCUGUGGCCGAGACACUCACAAUGGCUUCGACGCAAUACCCACAAGGAGGUGGUGGUGUUUUUGGUUCCUCAUUUAAUGUCAACUUUUCCAUCGCUACUUCUAGUGCUCAUUCUGUUGUUAGUCAUGCUACUUCUGGUGCCCAUUCUGCUGUUAGCCAGGCAACUUCUGGUGCUCAAUCAGGUGCUUCGGUCACCGGAUCAACCUCUGCUGCUGGGUCUUCAGCUGCUUCUUCGGCUUCCACUAGCGGUGCUGCCGCGCCAGGUGCGAUCGAUGGUUCCAACUGGAAGAAGGGCUUUGCCGUAGCUGGGAUGGUUGGUUUCUCUUUCUUGCUCAAUCUUUUGUAA